AUGGAGAAUGAUUUUUACGGCCUCCAGAAACAGAUAUGGCGAAUGAUAAAGGGACAAAGAAAAGUCAAAGUCAAUGAGCUCUUCGAUACAAACCAAAUACAAAAGGAAACAUGGGUCAAGUAUCUCCAAGAAGUGUACGGGAAUGAAGACGAAAGUAGAAACGAACCAAACAUACCUGAAAUAACUACAGACGAAGAUCUACAGAAAGAGGUGCAAGCGGCUAUCAAACAGCUCAAAAACAGAAAAAUCCCAGGUCAAGAUGCCAUAACUAACGAACUACUCAAAUACGGGGGAGAAAGCCUUGCCAAGCAACUAACAACUCUCAUUAACAAGAUCGUAUCACAUCAAAAAAUCCCAGACAAUUGGAGAACGAGUACUACGAUUCUAAUGUUCAAAAAAAGGAGAUAA